CAAGUAUAUAACCUGGCUACUGCUCUGCUGAUCAGGCAUCAGCAGAGAUGAGAUCACUCGUUCCUUAAACUCCUAACUUGGAUUUCACAGCCGCCCCUCAUCCUCAAACAAGACAGCUGAACUAUCCUUCAUAGUUCCCUUUCUGUGCACUGAAACUUCCAUGUCUCAAACGCCAUCCAAUUCACAAAUCAAAAGGGCUCUAGAAGCUAGCCCGGAGACCAACAUCGAAAAUGAAGCCCCGGAGGCCCCAAUGCCCAGCAAUUACCUGAUUCUUACGAUAUUUGCCUGUUUCUGCCCUGCAUACCCCGUAAACAUUGUCGCAUUUGUUUUCUCAAUAAUGGUAAGUGCCGAACAACAUUUUCAUUUCCAGUUUUACUAAUAAAAAAAUAUAUAUAGUGUAUACAGAAAUUAAAUGAUUUCUUAUUAUAAAUUUUAAAUAUACAAAAAAAAAUCAGUACUUUUUUAAAAUUUAGGCUUCUGGUAUGUUGACAUAUUGUCAUUUUCAUUAUUAUGAUCUGUUAAAAAAAAAUACAAAAAGUCAUAAAACCAAUCUUGUGUACUCAACUUUAAAAAAUAGUGGAUUCAUCUUUGUGACAUCACUGAGUCGAAGUUAGAAAAAGCUGGAAUGCAGUUAGUAGUGUUCUUGUUGGUACUGGUUAAAAGACAGUUUGUUGCUACUGGUAUGGGAAGAUAUAAAUGUAAACCAAAUGCAUUAGAAUAGUUUUCUCAAGGUCUGAAUGAUAUAGAAAGACAUAAGGUUAUGUACUGUAAAUCAUUUAUUGUGUUGCAUUUUAAUGGAAGGGAGUUAAUGCCUCUUUAGACAAGCAUUAGUCGGAUUGUAACAAUAGUUAUAAAAGUGAAAAAGCCACCAUAACAUGUUUAUUAAGUGCAUAAAUCACGUUACUGUUAUUUGCCCAUUAGGCAAAGCAAGAGUGUUUGUAAUAAAAAUAAAUCACAAUCCCAAGGCAGUUGUGAAUUAUUUCAACCAUAAUAAGAAACACAAUAAUCUUGUAAUUUUGAUGCAAAUUGCACAUUAAAAUAACAUGUUUUUUUUUAGUUAAUCAAAAUGAGUAAUAAUUAGAUACAUCCUGAAUACAUUUAAAAGAAGUGUGACAUUUCAAGCAGUUAUUUUUCACCCUUUAAUAUUUAGGUGACCGACAUGUUGAAUUGUUGACAUAAAUCAUUUCAAACAAGUUGUAAGAGGGCUUAUUUAUGUUUUGUUCCAAGCUAUGAUUGUGAUCUGCAUUUGGCAGUUAGCAACACAAUCUCAGAGUCUCGAUUUAAAUCCCCAACUCUCAUGUGGACAUGCACAUUAAUUAUACCUAUCCCUGUCUCUCAGGAUCAGAAAUAGCCUAAAGGUAGAUACAUACUUAAACAAUAAUGCAUACAUUUGCUAGUUUUCAUUGCCCACAUUGCAAAGUCUAUAUUCCGUGCACAUUGUAUGUGCUAAUUAUUUAUAAAUUAGAAAUGGAAUACACCAUGAUAUUUUAAUUCAUUAUAGGGUUGGGGUAUUUAAUACAUCAUAAUAUUUUAAUUCAUUAUAGGAGUAUGUAAUAGACCAUAUUACUGUGUUUUAAUUUAUUAUAGGCGUAUGUAAUACACCAUAUUAUUUUAAUUAAUUAUAGGGGUAUUUAAUACACUAUAAUAUUUAAAUUCAUUAUAGGGGUAUUUAAUACAUCAUCAUUUUUUAAUUCAUUUUGGUGUAUUGGUAUAUAAAUACUUGUAUCCAGCUGUUACUAGCCUUAAAUAUAUAAGAAAUUUUGCAAGCUAAAACAUAGGUGAUAGAUGGCAAUGGUUCCUGUGAGCUGUAGUUUAUAAGAGAUAGAGAUUCUGAAUUUGAGUACAGUGAUAUUGUUGCCCCAGAUCUCUAGAUUUUUUUAUUUGUGUUUGCAUGCAGCGAUGUGUUUACGUAUAGGGAUGGUGUUUGCAUGCAGCGAUGUGUUUAUGUACAGGAAUGGUGUUUGCAUGCAGCGGUGUGUUUAUGUACAGGGAUGGUGUUUGCAUGCAGUGGUGUGUUUAUGUACAGGAAUGGUGUUUGCAUGCAGUGGUGUGUUUAUGUACAGGGAUGGUGUAUGCAUGCAGCGGUGUGUUUAUGUAUAGGGAUGGUGUUUGCAUGCAGCGGUGUGUUUAUGUACAGAAAUGCUGUUUUCAUGCAGCGGUGUGUUUAUGUACAGGGAUGGUGUAUGCAUGCAGCGGUGUGUUUAUGUACAGAGAUGGUGUUUGCAUUCAGCAAUGUGUUUAUGUACAGGAAUGGUGUUUGUAUGCAGCGGUGUGUUUAUGUACAGGGAUGGUGUAUGCAUGCAGCGGUGUGUUUAUGUACAGGGAUGGUGUUUGGUUGCAGCGGUGUGUUUAUGUACAGGGAUGGUGUUUGGUUGCAGCAGUGUGUUUAUGUACAGGGAUGGUGUUUGGUUGCAGCGGUGUGUUUAUGUACAGGGAUGGUGUUUGUAUGCAGCGGUGUGUUUAUGUACAGGGAUGGUGUUUGUAUGCAGCGAUAUGUUUAUAUACAGGGAUGGUGUUUGGUUGCAGCGGUGUGUUUAUGUACAGGGAUGGUGUUUGUAUGCAGCGGUGUGUUUAUGUACAGGGAUGGUGUUUGUAUGCAGCGGUGUGUUUAUGUACAGGGAUGGUGUUUGCAUGCAGCGGUGUGUUUAUGUACAGGGAUGGUGUUUGGUUGCAGCGGUGUGUUUAUGUACAGGGAUGGUGUUUGUAUGCAGCAAUGUGUUUAUGUACAGGGAUGGUGUUUGUAUGCAGCGAUAUGUUUAUAUACAGGGAUGGUGUUUGGUUGCAGCGGUGUGUUUAUGUACAGGGAUGGUGUUUGUAUGCAGCGGUGUGUUUAUGUACACGGAUGGUGUUUGUAUGCAGCGGUGUGUUUAUGUACAGGGAUGGUGUUUGGUUGCAGCGGUGUGUUUAUGUACAGGGAUGGUGUUUGUAUGCAGCGGUGUGUUUAUGUACAGGGAUGGUGUUUGGUUGCAGCGGUGUGUUUAUGUACAGUGUUGGUGUUUGAAUUCAGGGUUGUGUUUGUUGCAGGUGCGUGCAACUAUUACUGUCGUCGGUGGGCCCAUAACUAACUGGGACCCUGGUGAAGUCAUACUUUCUGCACCGCCAGUAGCCGUUGCGCCUGCCGGCAAGGGCUGAUAAUAAAGCCAAAUCUAAUUUUUAAUGCACUUGGCCAGGACAAGGGCUAAACACCUAAAUAGUUAGCAGAAAACUAUAGCACUAGGAAUGUAUCUAUGUGUUCCAAAUACUAUAGUGUUACUUUAAUGUAAGUUCACAAUUUAAGUAUAUGAAUGCAAAAUCAAAACAUAAUCAUCUUCAAGUUGCCAUGUUUAAAGUGUCAUAUAUUAAAAUUGAGCAUUACUAGGCUGUGAGAAUAUGAGUUACAGUUAAAAACAACUCCAGGAUUUACUCCAAUGCAUCUGUGCAUGCUAACGAUAAAGGCUACAGCGCAAUAUACACUGACAUUCCCUGCAUUGUUACAAUGUGCAUCUUUGUGAUCAGUGUGUAACCAGAGGCAGCUUGAGAAAUCAGACUCUAAUCAUGGAGAGAAUGUCCGGUGCUGUGGAAGCUACACCUAACUUUAACAUGAAUAACAGCAAUGGAUGUAGAGAUAAUAGGGCCUCCUUUAUGAAGCACAGCAUGGUUUAGCAGAGUGGAAUUAAUUGGUAAACAUAACUUCAAGAUGUUGCAUCCAAGGUCUUUGCACCAUCAGGGCCGGCGCGUCCAUAAGGCGGCACAGGAGGCCGCCUUAGGGCGCACCGGUUUCGGGGGCGCAAUAUUUCAGUGACCGGCAGGAGAGCUCUAACCUCUCUGCUCUGCUGCCUCGCGCGCUGUCUACUGAUGCCGCGGGAGCCGGAAUAUGACGUCAUCAGUAGGCAGCCCGCGAGGGAGCAGAGCGUGGAGAUUAGAGCUCCCUCGCCGCGCCUGAUCACAGCACUGCCGCACGCCGCCCAGCAGCCCCCCUGGACCCCAGGGAAUGAUUCAUCAUCCACACCAGCUCUCCAGGUAGGGAGGCUGGGUGGAAUAUGUUUAUUUAUUAAAAUAAUUAGUGAGUGUGUGUAUGCGUGUCUGUGUGUCUGUGAGUGACUGUCUGUGAUUGAGUGUGUGUGUGUGACUGUGUGUGUCUGUGUGUCUGUGUGUGUGAGUGUCUGUGUGUGACUGUGUGUGUAUGUGUGUGUGAGUGUAUGUGUGUAUGUGUGUGAGUGUAUGUGUGUCUGUGUGUGAGUGUAUCUGUGCCUGAGUGACUGUGUGUCUGUGAGUGACUGAGUGUGUGCAUAAGUAUGUGUGUCUGUGAGUGAUUGUAUGAGUGUGUGUGUGUGUGUCUGUGAGUGCUUGUAUGAGUGUUACAUGUGAGUGUAUGAGUGUGGCAGUGUAUGUGUGUCUGUCAGUGUGUGUUUGUGAGUGUCUGUCAAAUGAGUGAGAGUAUCUUUGUCAUUGAGUCUGUGUGUUUGUCAGUGAGUGUGUGUGACUGUCAGUGUGUAUACACCACUGAGUGUAGCGUGGCGGAGCGCAGUACAGGAGCUUCUGUUUCCUGUACCCGGCCACACUGACCGGAGGUGCUCACUGAGAGAGCACUCCCUGUCAGUCCGACCAGGUACAGAAAAUUGAAGCUCCUGUAGAGGAUAUCCUCCACUCGGCAACGCUACAAGAGGAGGCACACCAGGAAGGGGAGUGCGACCACUAAGGGGGUGGGGGGUGCACCAAGGGGAGGGGAGAGAAACACCAAGGGACAGGAAAAAGAGGGGAGAGCUUAGAAGAACACUAAGGGACAUGGAAGGGAGGGGACCACUAAUGGACGGGGAGAGGGGCUGGUUAAGAGGCACAUAGGUGAAGAUGUUAUUUUGGGGGGUUGGGGGGGUGGAAAGAUACAUAUUUGCCUAUGUACCCAAAAAUCCUUGCACCGGCCCUGUGCGCCAUUCAACCUUGGAGCACUGAGGGAACUGGCAAGUGUGUUGUCCUCCCAAUGGAACACUAGUAAUCAACCCCUUCUUCCACGAUUACUUGCUACACAAGCAUAAAUGGUUAGCAGGUGACAGUAAAACAUGCACUUGCUGUACAUCAGCCAAUUAACUACCUCUGUCAAUGAAGGUUCUAGUGUGUGGCAGAACCAACACCAAAGGGAAAGCUAAUUGACACAAUUACUGUCUGUAAUUAGCCUGAGCUUUUAACGGCCAAACCCCUCCCUUCUACAAAUAGAAAUAAAGAGCAAAAAUAAAACAAACCCCAGGGUUCAUUAAUACCAAAUAGAGACAUAAUACACUGGCUAAAUUCGAUCACAAAGCACUUCCUGGAUGGUAUAAGUAUUUACAUAAUUGAUUUGAAAUAGAUUGGUUGUUUAAAGUUUAAAGGCAUGACAAUAUAAAGGGUAAAGUACUGCAUAUUGUUAAUUCAUGUUAGCAGGGUAGUAAAACUAAAAAUAUGCAUGUAUUGUUUUAAAAAAAUAAUAAUUCCUAAAUCCCUAAAAUUCUACUUGUUCUGCAAGUUCUGCCACUAAAAUGAUCCACUUCAUUUUUAGCCAGCACUAACAUCCUCGUUCGUGCUGGGCAGUGUCAAAAUCAAAUGCUUCAUAUAGAGAAACAUUAUGGGGGGGAAAGCACAUUUUCGGCGUUAGAAAACUCACACAUCAAAAUAGAUAUUUGUAAAUAAAAAGUUAUAUAAUAUUAAAUAAUUAAAUGCUGUACUCUUACAAAUGAUAUGACUAAAAUACUAACAUUGUGCUGGAAUAGCUUCCAAAAGUCUAUUAAAAUAAGAACUUCUAAAGUAAGCACAUUCUGCUACUGCCUGGACAUAAGAUCCAGGUUCAAAAUAAACACAUUUUUUUCAUGAAGUAUCAAGGGAACAUGUGUGAGUUACAGCCUCGGUGGUGUCACAUAAACCUGUCAUGCAGCAUGUUAUUAUACUGCCAACCUGCUACAUACCAUCACCCAACCACACACAGAGUCACAAGUAGUCACCAUCUCAGUCACACUCACAGGACCCACUCAGUUGCACAUAUUUUUACCAACAGUCAUAUUUAGCCAUCCAGUCGCAUGCCUUCCCACAGCCACACUUACCCGCACUGUCAUAUAUCAUUUACCUUUAUCUCAUCAACAUACCCUACCCACCUAGUAACCUACAUCUACUAUGAGAAGGAAAUCAGAUAAGAAAAGGAAGGGCAAUUUAGCUAUAUCCAUACAGGGCACUGAAUUGGCCAGUGAACCUUGGCUUAACCCUGGUGUCUAGGGCUUCAGUAAUUUAACUCCUAAACAGCAUUGAGCAGUGAGAAUGCAUGGUUAUGAUCUUGUAACAUUUCAUUACGUGGAAGUGAUUAGACGUACCCUUUAAAUAAAGUAGAUUUUUUUCUUUAUUAGAAAGAGAGGAAGCGCUUCACCACUACUCAAAAUAGUCAAAAAGAGUUUAAAUACUUUUAAGGUAAAUACGUUUUAGACGCAGCUACUCAGCAAAGAAAUUUCAGACCUGUGAGUAAAGAAUUUUAAGUUUUUUUAAAUGGGGACUGUCACUUCCCUACAAAGGCAUACUGACCACUUAGGCAGAGGCAUGGCCUAUCUCGAGAGAUCAGAGGACAUCUCCAUCUGUCCUGGCAUCAUUUAACAUGUUUUACUCUGGUGAUAGUUGCGGGUGUAUGGCAAAAUGUAGGUUGCGGCAAAAAGUGGGGGUGAGAUGGGGAAUAGACAUGUUGGAUUAUGGGUAGAAACGUGGUGUGAUAGGGCAGACAUACAUUUUGGGUGAGGUAACUACAUAUUGAGGAUCAGAUGAAGCAGAAAUAUUUUUGGGGUGUAGAGGAAGAAUAGCUUUUUCCAAUUAUUUGCUUUGUGCAUAGGAAUUGCAGGCAGGCGGUAUUGUAUAUGUCAUUGACAUUUAGAGUAUACUUUAGGAACUCUGCUGCACAGAUUACUGACAGCUGUGUGCCCUCCACAUUUUUUCCAGUUAUUUUCUUUGUGCAUAUGAAUUGCAGGCAGGCCGUAUUGUGUAUAUAUAUUGGUUUGUACGUUAGUAUAUUGAGUUAUACAUUUAUGGUGAUUUGGCACUAAGCACUUUAAGUAAUGUUUUGCACUUUAUAUAUGGGGGACUAGUUAUGUGAAUUGAGAUAUGUUUACUUCUAUUUAGGAGAGAUUAGCCCUCUUACUUAUACUUCUAUAUUGUGUAAAUAAACUACCAUUUUUUCUAUUUUGCUUUAAAAUUGAGUGCAGUCUCAAGGCCAGCUUCCCCAAACUCAGGCCCUCCAGAUGUUGCUGAACUACAUCUCCCAUGAUUCUAUGAAUAAAAUAGAUAGGCUGAGAAUCAUGAUAGUUGUUGGGCCGGAGUUUGGGGAAGCCUGCACUAAGGAGAGAGGAGGAACAGACUUAUAGUGGGGUAGGAGAAAGACAAUUGGAAUAGUAGCAAAGUAACAAUUGGGGUGCACUGAGGAAGAAACACAUGUGGUGACACAUUGGAAUGAGAUGAAUCAGAGACACAUGUAGAAGUUAGAAGAAGGACAGGUGUGUAAUUGGGCCAAGGUACAACAGGGAAGAAUUUGGGAAACUGGAGUGAGUGAGAUGGAGAGUCACAAGAGGGUGAUGGGAAGACCAGUAAGGAAUGAGGGGAGACAGAAUACGCACUAGGGAAGAUCAAGAGACAGACAUAUAAUGGAAAAGAAAAUCACAUUCAAUAUACAAAAUGGCAUGCAAACACACCCCUGCAGUCACACACAUGGUGCCUACAUAAUGCUGCUCCAACCUACAUAUUCUCCCUAAUACACAAGUAUGUCCUGUCGAGGCCCCUGUGUUCUGCCGAAGACCUACGUCUGUCCUCUGUCCGUAAUCCCACAUCUGAUGCUCGCCUUGAAGACUUCUCCUGGGCUGCACCUUUUUUGUGGAACUCCCUUCCCUUCUCCGUUACACUUUCACCCAGUCUACACUCCUUCAAAAAUUCCUUGAAAACACACUUCUUCAGGAAAGCAUAUCAUUUGAACUGUUAGCGGGUUUUCAAUCCCCCCCCAUGACUCCUCUCCUGCAAUUGUCAAAAAUAACCUACUAAGUUCUCAGUAAAUACUUUUCUAGCAACCUAUUUCAUUACCCCUACUGUCUGUAAUUAGCCUGAGCUUUUAACAGCCAAACCCCUCCCUUCUACAAAUAGAAAUAAAGAGCAAAAAUAAAACAAACCCCAGGGUUCAUUAAUACCAAAUAGAGACAUAAUACACUGGCUAAAUUUGAUCACAAAGCACUUGCUGGAUGGUAUAAGUAUUUACAUAAUUGAUUUGAAAUAGAUUGGUUGUUUAAAGUUUAAAGGCAUGACAAUAUAAAGGGUAAAGUACUGCAUAUUGUUAAUUCAUGUUAGCAGGGUAGUAAAACUAAAAAUAUGCAUGUAUUGUUUUAAAAAAAUAAUAAUUCCUAAAUCCCUAAAAUUCUACUUGUUCUGCAAGUUCUGCCACUAAAAUGAUCCACUUCAUUUUUAGCCAGUACUAACAUCCUCGUUCGUGCUGGGCAGUGUCAAAAUCAGUCUACACUCCUGUCACUAUACCAAACUCCCUCUAGCAUGUAAGCUCAUUGAGCAGGGCCCUCAACCCCUCUGUUCCUGUGUGUCCAGCUUGUCUGGUUACAAUUAAGUGUCUGUUAGUCCAGCCAUUGUACAGCGCUAGGGAAUUUGCUGGCGCUAUAUAGAUAAUAAAAUAAUAAUAUCGGUGAUACAUUGCAUCUUUUUUUGCACACACUAAUACUGACUGCUGAAAUUCACACACAAACACUUUAUCCCUGCAUCCAUACACAGACUCUCCACACUAAUACACACUGGCAUUCACACACCAACAGUUUCCUUUAUUUAUACACACAGCUUAUUCUACACAAAUACAUUUAUGUACACAUUCCUUAAUUCAUAUAGACACAAACACUACACAAAUACACUCCUAGUCACACAAUGACACUUCAUACAAAAAUACUUGUGCAUUCACACAUCAAAAUUCAAUACAAAUGCAGCACUGCAUUUGCAUAAUUCCCUAAAAAUAGAAUGUAGCAUUCACACACAUCUGCUCUACAUUCUAAUCGAGCACUGCAUUCACACCAUUUAUACUACUUACAAAUAAACACAUGCAUUUUAUACUUACUAGCACUACAUGAAAUAUACUUUGGAUUUCAGACAUAUCAACAUAACACACAUACUUCCCUACACUAACACAUACAGUGAAAAUCUAAAAUUACAAACAUAUACAAGACUGCAUUAACAUUCUUGCAGUAGACAGAAUGCAUCCUUCUAUUCAGAUACAGUUUCACUACACUCAAAUAUAUCCCUGGAGACAUUCAUAUUAGCAUUAUGUGCUCAAAUGCAAACAUGCAUUCAGAAAGUUAUAUUUAAUAUUUACUUAAUACAUAAACAUUGAACUUGAAAGGGCCAAAAAAGCUGUCAAUCUGUCUCUGCUUCCCUUGAUUUUUAAUAUUAUGUUUAUGUCUCCCCUAUAAUAAAAAAAUUAUCAAUCCAAACUUCCAGCUCUGUCCUGCAUAGUCAUCCAUCUUUGUACCUGGUCACUAAUUGUUUUAAACUCUUUCCUGUUCUGUCAUUUAACAUAGUAUGUGGAGGUGUUAAAUAGGAACAAACUUAUCAAAGUGCUGCCAACUAUUUUGUGUCUAAUUUUUUAGUACAAUGUAUUAAAUCUGUUGGAUUUUUAUACCCUUUUAUUUAAUUUUUUUUUGAGGGCACUAACCAUCAUUUUUUAUUAUAUAGCUUUUUUAUGUGAUGAGAUGGAUUUAUUCAUUUCUCCAGCACUUGGUUUGACUGACAAAAUUCCCUGUUUAACCUCUCUUUUUUAACGUCACUGUAAAUUUGGCGGUAUUCAGGAAUAACUGGGGAAAACUUUUUUUUUUUAAAUAUCUUUUUUUUUUAAUUCGACUUCCAAUUAAACAUAGCAGUGGAAAAUGGCAUCAAUUGAUACACACAGGUCUCAAGAUGAAGGUCAUUGGUAAACAUGUUAACGUAAACCAUUCAAAGCCACAUUGGUAAAACCAUCACUUUUAAGACACUUUCAUAUUUGAUCAAAAUAAUGAAGUAAUAUAGCCGUCACUUGUCAGAACACAUUGUUAAAUAUCCAUCAUUAUUUGUUUUUCCUCCUCCAAUACAAAAGGAGCAGCAUAUGGAAAAAGGUUAAAGCAAGUUACAAGUAAUUAUUCUCAAUUCAUAUUUUUUACAAAAGUGAUAUUUCCAUUUAAGGAAUAUUCUGAACAUAGAUUGGAAUUGAUCAGCCAAUCAUAUGUAUUCUGCAAAUGCUAACAUUAUCUAAUCAGUUUUGUGCAGUUUAGGGAUUUAUGGGAAUAGCAGAGGUUUCCAGGCAAUGUCCAAUAAUUAAACUUGUUUACUGAACGAAAAGCCUCAUAAAUCUAUGCUUUACAUCCUGAUGACAUGUACAACUUCCUUAUUGGAGCAAACACUGCAAGUUAGAAAGAGGGACAGAAACAGUGGAUCUAUGGAGCAAAAGUCAUUAUUAUAAUUUUUUAUUAAAUGCUACCAGCCUAACUAUCUGUAACUUAACAUUGCACUAAAUAUGUUAUAACUUUAGCUCUCUGCAGGCGGUGAGGGAGAAGUGCAUUCCAACUUUGUAAGGUCUGAAAUCAGGAGUGGGAGAGGUGGGUUGGGGCGGAACCAGCAAAUGGACUUGUCCGUUAUGUAAUUAGCAUUAUGGAUAAUGUGCCUGGCUAUAAAGGUCACAUGCCAUUCUGACAUGCAUGUAUGGCAGGUUGAUAGGCUGCCCACGCUGACCUCUGUUGAAAAACUAAUAUGUAGUUUUAAUGGAUCAAGUUUUUGCGGUUUUGUACUGCUUAGUGUGAGAUGCUUUUGCUCUGUUAUAGUGACAUUUUUCACGUUUGCUUCCUUAAUGGACCUGAUGUAUGGUGGUUGGGGGACCCAUUAAGCCAGGUUUUGCUUUAUGGUCUGAAAUUCCCUUUUUUUACUCCAAGUCCAAUAUAAGCAUAUUUAACCAGUCCUCCUGACACUCUGUGUGAAAAUCGUGUGUCACAAAAUUAUCAGAAAUAGAAGAGAAGUCAAGGCACUCCAAAUGUAUUAGAACAGUAGUUUUGACCCACAAAUGGGUCUUUGUCAAUUUUUCAUAUAUGGGUUGAAACGUUGCAGUGUACCUUUUGUUCUAAUAAAUUUGCCUUAACCCGUUGUAGUGACUGGACCUCUUUUCUAUUUCUGGUAUCUACAAUUGAUGGGAUUGUCCUGGCCCAGUUUAGCACCCUUGGCUUUCUGUGGAUUGAACGCGGUUCCUAUGAAUAUAUUGUAACAAAAAGAGAUUAUGUGACACCUUUUGCUGCAGUACAGUAACCAACAAAAAAUAACUUAGAAUGUGGAGAGUAGAAAAAAAACAGGCAUUGUUGAUUUGCAAAAACUAUACAAAAAUGACCACGACAAAAAUAAAGGUAAAUCUUUAGAGCAAAUCUUAAAUAAUGCGUAACAAUUAUAUUGAUAAAAUUUAUAAAUAAUAUAUGAUGCUGGGGGGAUUUAAUUUGACAUGCCAGUGGGGAUAAUCUAGGGAUAAUUUCUUAAAUGGAAGGGGCUGGAAAUCUUUUUUUUUUUUUUUUUUAAAGCAGCAUAUGAGAUUUACUGUAGAUGCAGUUAAACUUAUUUGGGAUUAAAUGUAAACAGCCUAAGAAAUAAACAUUAGAUUCACGGUACAAUUAAAAUGGUAAUAUCCCCACAAUACAUUCAUCAAACCAAUAUGCAAAUAGGCCAUCUCUUGCAGGGUAAUUAUAUAUCAAUAUUUUCAACUACCGAGUGUAAGAUAAGAGUCAAUAGAUAGAGCAGCAAGUUGUAAACCACAAAAAAAACCUUAAAGGAACACUAUAGUCACCUAAAUUACUUUAGCUAAAUAAAGCAGUUUUAGUGUAUAGAUCAUUCCCCUGCAAUUUCACUGCUCAAUUCACUGUCAUUUAGGAGUUAAAUCACUUUGUUUCUGUUUAUGCAGCCCUAGCCACACCUGCCUGGCUAUGAUUGACAGAGCCUGCAUGAAAAAAAACUGGUUUCACUUUCAAACAGAUGUAAUUGACCUUAAAUAAUUGUAUCUCAAUCUCUAAAUUGAACUUUAAUCACAUACAGGAGGCUCUUGCAGGGUCUAGCAAGCUAUUAACAUAGCAGGGGAUAAGAAAAUCUCAAUUAAACAGAACUUGCAAUAAAGAAAGCCUAAAUAGGGCUCUCUUUACAGGAAGUGUUUAUGGAAGGCUGUGCAAGUCACAUGCAGGGAGGUGUGACUAGGGAUCAUAAACAAAGAGAUUUAACUGCUAAAUGGCAGAGGAUUGAGCAGUGAGGCUGCAGGGGCAUGUUCUAUACACCAAAACUGUUUCAUUAAGCUAAAGUUGUUCAGGUGACUAUAGUGUCCCUUUAAGGAUCAAUCUGAGGAUUGACAUUAUUAAUGUAGUAUUCAGCAGCUAAAGCAUAUACAUGAUGUGAAAAAAGUGCUUUGAAUAAGUUACUCCAAAGAACCUAUUCAAAGAACUGUUUUAUUGAAUCUAGAAUGACCUACCGUAGUGGGGAUUAGUAAUGAGGUCCUGCCCUUCUUAUAAAGUUUUCAAAUAAAGCAUAAACUUACCUGGUUUCAGUCAGUGCCUCUCUCGCAAGGUCCAACCAAAUGCUCCUCAUAGAGAAGUAUUUAAAGGACCACUCUAGGCACCCAGACCAUUUCAGCUUAAUGAAGUGGUCUGGGUGCCAGGUCCAGCUAGGGUUAACCCAUUUUUUCAUAAACAUAGCAGUUUCAGAGAAACUGCUAUGUUUAUGAAUGGGUUAAGCCUUCCCCCAAAGCCUCUAGUGGCUGUCUCAUUGACAGCCACUAGAGGCGCUUGCGUACUUCUCACUGUGAUUUUCACAGUGAGAGCACGCCAGCGUCCAUAGGAAAACAUUAUGAAUGCUUUCCUAUGUGACCGGCUGAAUGCGCGCGCAGCUCUUGCCGUGCGUGCGCAUUCAGCCGACGGGGAGGAGAAGAGGAGGAUCGGAGGAGGAGAGCUCCCUGCCCAGCGCUGGAAAAAGGUAAGUUUUAACGUUCUCACCAGCUCAGACCACAUGUGCAUGCUCUGAGCUGUGGAGGGGAGGGAGGGGAUAAAAAGGGAUACAGGGUAUUAUUAUUUUUAGAAAAACACACUGCCUAAUACAUACAUAAAAACACACAGACAAUGUCUAAUGCAUACAAACAAAAUAGAUAUCUAUAGAAGGGGAGAAUAAAACAACUCAUAGAGUAGUACAUCAAAACCAACAAACAUAUAUGGUUCAAGGUUGCACUCACACAAAUUAGUUGAUUGUAGGUAUGUCAAAAUUAUAGAGAUGAUAUGAACUCUUCAGACUCCAAAAGAGGGCAUGUGGGAAACAAGAAAUUAUACAAUAAUAAGUGUAGAUUUAAAGGACCAUAUAGUGCGCUAAGUUAAGUAACACUUACACACUAGAAGUGGUGUUCAGGCAUAUAAUGGUCUCAGGAAUUGUUGCUCCGUAAAUGGAAUAGUACUCCUUCGUAAUGGUGUAAAAAAUUUAUUGGAUAUAACAAAGAAAAUAAAAAACAAUGAAAAUAAAAACAAUUAUAAAUCCCACAGGGGCCCAACCCUACACGUUUCGUCCGGUGACCCGGACUUCCUCAGGGGUAUCGUCUGUUAAGUCCUCAAUACCUGGAGUCAGUCUGAUGGCUCUCUGGUGUCCGCUCAUUUUUAAAUCCCACUAGCCGCUCCUCUUUAUGACAGCAAACCAAUCCGAUGCUGUGAAUCGCGGCUGUAACACAUUACUCCAGGAUUAGAUGAUGUCAUGCGUUCUUCUGUACGUGUGGACGUGAACGUGUGCGUUCCAUCUGUGAGAGGACUUAUACAGCACUUGCAGGUCAUUGCUCGCAUUGGAUCUGUUCAGUUCAUACAUCAUCUCAUAGACGCUCAUAAUUUAAAAACAAUGUUAUUAAAAUAAUGUUACAAGAAUAAAAACAAAAAAUAUAUACAUUUCAAACGUUUUUUUUAGACAUGCACUAACAUACUGUGAAAAAGAAUACAUAAAAUGUAAUGCUUCAGAAUUGUAACAGUACUUUAUCCUAUAAAUUGAUAAGAAAAAUAUUGUUAAACUUACACUAUUACCUAAGAACUUCUUUAUAAGGAAUUUAAUUCCUAUAAUCUUAAAAAAGACAAGAUCAAAUUAAAAAAGUCAUAGAAUCCAUAAGUGAAGAAAUCUAAUCAAAGCAGUAGGUGACAAACCCCAAAUAUAUCAAUAUACAAAGAUAAAAAUGAAUUAAACCUAUAUUAAAAAACACACUUAAUCGAAUUCUACAUUCAGACCUGUUGGGUGCAAGGUCUUUAAUCUAUGAAUCCAGAACCCUUCUCUUUUUCUUAGUUUUAACAUAAUGUCUCCCCCUCUUUCAUCUAAAGAUACCUGUUCUAUAACUAUAAAAUUAAGAUCAUUUGUAAAAGAUGGACAGGAAUUACAGUGUGUGGGGACUGAGUGAGUGGUAAUUCGUUUACGUACAUUAUUAUAGUGUUCCAAGCAUCUAACCUUCGCUUUUCUACCUGUCCUCCCCACAUAUUGUGCACCACAACCACAAGUUAUCAGGUACACAACAUGCGAGGAGGAACACGACGAAUAACCAUUUAUUUUAAAAACUUUUAAACUCUUUGAAUGUCUUAUAAGAGUGACCGCACGCUUUGCAAUUACCACAAGUAUAGAAACCGGCAUUAAGUCUAUUAAUACGAUCCUUAUUCCGAAAGGUGCUGGGUGCUAAAAUAUUCUUAAAUUUGUUCCCCUUUUUAAAACUAGUUUUCGGAUAAUCUGGAAUCUUAAGUUUUAAAAAAUCAUCCUCUAAAAGAAGUUUCCAAUGUUUCCUAAGAAUUCGUUGUAUAUCGAAAGCUUUAGAGUUAUAUUUAGUGUUAAAGGCAUAUUCAAAAUCUGAGUUCCCUCUUUUAUAUCUAUUGUCUUGAAGUAGAGCUUCCUUUUCUUUACUACCAACUGUUUUAAUCUCUUCAUUCAAAAUUUUUUCACCAUGUUUAAUUGAGGAGUCUUCUAUGUACAGAGUAUGAUCCAAAAAAUCUAUUUCUUUCUUUCCGAAAUUAGGGGUGAAUUUAAGGGACAUAUUGUUAAUAUUAAUAAAACUUAUAAGAGAGCCAUCAGACUGACUCCAGAUAUUGAGAACUUAACAGACGAUACCCCUGAGGAAGUCCGGGUCACCGGACGAAACGCGUAGGGUUGGGCCCCUGUGGGAUUUAUAAUUGUUUUUAUUUUCAUUGUUUUUUAUUUUCUUUGUUAUAUCCAAUAAAUUUUUUACACCAUUACGAAGGAGUACUAUUCCAUUUACGGAGCAACAAUUCCUGAGACCAUUAUAUGCCUGAACACCACUUCUAGUGUGUAAGUGUUACUUAACUUAGCGCACUAUAUGGUCCUUUAAAUCUACACUUAUUUUGUAUAAUUUCUUUUUUCCCACAUGCUCUCUUUUGGAGUCUGAAGAGUUCAUAUCAUCUCUAUAAUUUUGACAUGCCUACAAUCAAAUAAUUUGUGUGAGUGCAACCUUGAACCAUAUAUGUUUAUUGGUUUUGAUGUACUACUCUAAGAGUUGAUUUAUUCUCACCUUCUGUAGAUAUCUAUUUUGUUUGAAUAUUCUGUGAGGACUGGGAGGAGUCCUUUAUUUUCUACAUCGUGGGAGAUACAUAUAGGUAAAUUAUUCUAUACGUUUUAUUCACCUAUUGGUGUAUAUUUUUUCCACUUUAAAGGGUAUACACAAUUUUUGUUAUAACUGUCUAAUGCAUGCACAAAUUCACACACACACAGACUGCUUAAUGCAUAUUCAUACACACGGCUAAACACAUACAUAAGCAUAUACAGACAGCAAGCAGCACUUCCUCAUCCCUUACAUUCUCAGAUGUGAGCUGGGGGCACUGAAAGCAGCCGAUUUCAUUCAGUAAGGUACCUUGUCUCUGUCUCAGGAAGUCCUGUUGCCAUGCUUUCACUGGUUGAAGUUCCCCUGGCGAUGGGCAGGGAGCAGUAGCAUGUGAAUGCCUUGCUCUUCUGCCGAUUGGCUGAGACUGACAAGGAGGCAGUUCAGGGGCAGAGCCAGCAUGAUUCAAACACAGCCCUGGCCAAUCAGCAUCUCCUCAUAGAGAUGAAUUGAAUCAAUGAAUCUCUAUGAGGAAAGUUCAGUGUCUGCAUGCAGAGGGAAGAGAUACUGAAUGUUUGGAUGCAUUUUAGGCAGCCAUGACCCAGGAAGGUUCUCUAACAGACAUCUGAGGAGUGGCCAGUGAAGUUAUCACUAGGCUGUAAUGUAAACACUGCAUUUUCUCUGAAAAGACAUUGUUUACAGCAAAAGGCCUGAUGGUAAUGAUUCUACUCACCAGAACAAAUGCAAUAAGCUGUUGUUGUUCUGGUGCCUAUAGUGUCCCCCUUAAAGACACAUGACAUGUGUGACAUGUCAUGAUUCCCUUUUAUUCCAGAAGUUUGGUCCUUAAGGGGUUAAUGGCACAUACUGGUCUUCUAUACAGUUUUCCCCAGGUGGACCUUGUGGGGCACAGGACACAAAGUCACAAAGCCAAUCAAAACAGUAUUGUACGGUUAGACACUCCCAGAUAAUGUACACAAACCCUCCCCUCUGCUUGUGAGAUAAUUGAGUAAGAUACUGUAAUUAACUCAUUAAUUAACAAUUAUCCCCAAGCAGAAAAAACUAAUUUUUCACAAGGUAGAGAAAAGACCCCAAAACACCACAUAUCCCUAUAAAUGUAAUAUCCCCUGAUAGCCUUGUUCUGGGUGAACAACAUAUUCAAAAAUCACCCAGAUCAAAGAAGGGGUUCAGGAAAUUCCUGUAAGUCAUAUCUGACCGACCGCAAGCAUGGCUUUAUGCCCAAAACAGUUCCAGAGAAUUAGGCUGUGCGGCCGGUCUAUAUCCAAUAGUUCAAAUACUGUUCAAAUUACCGAAUGAACUGGUGAAUGGCAAUAGUCUAUGUGUGUCCCUGGUUCGUGUGUUUAACCCCUUAAGGACACAUGAUGGAAAUAUUCCGUCAUGAUUCCCUUUUAUUCCAGAAGUUGUGUCCUUAAGGGGUUAAAUGUACCGAACGCCGCUGCUUUCGUAUGAAAAGAGACGAAUUGCUGGAAGUCUGGAAGUCCCAGCGGUGUUCGUGUGGAAUAGUGUCCGAAAAUAGUUCCAUGCGUUCAACAACAAAACAUUGCAGUUUAAGAUGGCCGCCGACACGUGUUUGUUCAUAUGAACGACGACCACCCAGCCAUUCGUCAAUUAAGCUGCGGUUAACCACAGCUUCUGGGUGGUUAACAAGCAGCACACUCCACAUGCAGGGUGGUCAGUCGUUCUGCAUUUUGUUCGGUUAUUUGAAUAGCAUUAUCCUGGUAGCAAUAGAAGAGAAAUUCACCGAACCAAUUAACGAAUAUAUAAGGGAGAAUAUAAAAUCCAAGCAAAUAAGGAGAAAUAUGAAAUCCAAGGACAGAGAGGUCUGUCACAGUCUCCAUCCAACAUAACACAAUCCCAGGCAGGAGGGGGCUGGGUGACAGAUAACCAUCUCCCGCUCUGGGAGAUACUAACAGGACACAGGGAAACACAUGAAUACACAUUACAUACAGGUGGGUGAGCUUUGGGGCUCUGCGCCCCAGGACGGGAAGGGGGUACAGGGUUAAAACCUGUACUGAUGAAUAGCCCCGGGUCCCGCAGCAACCACUCAGCGCUUACUCGUGCCGACCAACCAGGAGAAUGGCGCGAACCCAGUUCUCCCAUUGGUCAGCACGGACUUCCACAUGGUCAAUGGAGGCCUGCAGCUGCGAGACCAACUCACAGCUACAGAGAUUCUCCACAGGUGGGCGUCCCUCUCUCCAGUGGAUACCCACACUCAGGUAUCCGCCGGAGAGAGCGUUCGCUUGGGCAGCUACGAGCCUAGCCUCGUAGCUCCCAGGUUUGAGGGUGACGAGUGAUUAUAGCUCCGUUAGGAGCAGGUAGGAUGAUCCCUGACACAGGGAUUGAAGACAGUGCGUGCAGGCCGGUUCGGGAGCCGGAAGCUCCCCCUGGUCGCGUUCGGUGAUACAAACUGGCGGCCACCCGGGGAAGCAUGCACCGCUUGUUCUCUUGCGAUCUGCGGUUUUCACCCCCGGGUGGUCAAAAGGUAUUUUGCAGGAUUUACGGUCAAAAUUACAGAAAGGGGACAAUUAAAAAGGGGGGAACACACAUUCUAGGAGGGCACAUCCACACAUAGAAAAAGGGCAAUUGACAGUUAGGCAGUGGCCCCGCCACAGUCUCCACCUCUGUUUGUGGGACAGAUACUUUCUAUACCCUUCACUCUUAAACCUUAUGGGUUUCCAUUGUGUGUCUUUAGAAAAUGUAGAGGGACUCCAUGAUUAAUGCAUUUUUUCUUUAUGGCUCUUACAUCAAUUCUUGUUUUUGUUUUUCUGCAUGUACUGCCAAUAUAUUGUUUACUACAUGGGCAUUCUAAAAGAUAAAUAGCAUAGGAUGUGUUGUAGUUAAUAAAUCUUUCUAUUUCAUAUUUUUUGUCUUCGUUAUCAUGUUUAGAUGAAGAGUAUGUAUUGUCCUUUGUUUUAAUGAAUGGGCAAGUAAUACAGUUCUUUCUUCCACAUCUAUAUAUUCCUUGUAAUGGUAGAAUGCCAAUCUUAUUCUUCUUUUUCUGUUUCAUACUUGGAGCAAUCAUAUUCUUAAAAGUCUGGUUCUUCCUAAAUACAAUUCUUGGUUUUCUGCCAUCUUCCAUAUUCAUCAGAUCGUCCUGGGCUAUAAUUGGCCACUGUUUCCACAUAAUUUUUUUAAUUUCUGCUGCCGCUGAGUUAUAGAUAGUCACAAAAGUUGGAAGGAAUUUGGUUAUUGUUCCAGUAGAAAUUGUUUCUUUGUUCCUAAGAGGUUUUUUAGAUAUUAAAUGUUCUCUGUCCACAUUUCGAACUUCAUCACAGAUGGUUACCAGAUGUUUGUAAUUAUAAUGUUUUUGCACAAAUCUGGUUGUAAGAAUUUGAAAUUCUUCCUCUAGGUCUAUAUGUCUACUGAAGUUUCUUUUGAUCCUCAUAUAUUGUCUACUGCAGUUUCUUUUGAAUGCUCCAAGUUUUUCCUCCACUGUUCUCCUCCUUUGUGGAAAAAACAAUAUUCAAAUAAAGAUUGUCAAAAAAAACUAUAUAUAUAUAUAUAUAUAUAUAUAUAUAUAUAUAUAUAUAUUUGUGUUCGGGGCUACAUCAGUUAUGAUUAACGUAAACUUGGUGUUUACAGAAUCUGAGAUAGGAACAAGUCGGUUGAGGUGUGCCAAAACCGACGUAUGCUGUUGGCCAGUAAUAAAAAGUGGGCCUACACUAGUAAUUUAUGUUGAAUAGAGGGAGUAGCGGGUGGGGCAGCAGAUCAUCGGCCAAACCUGGUAAGCUAGGAAAGGGGAGGGGAGUGCCUUUUAAACGUCCAUACGCCCCUCCCACAACUUUAGGCCAAGCCUUCCAAUUUGUGUUCAGGGCUACAUCGGUUAUGAUUAAUGUAAGCUUGGUGUUUACAGAACCUGAGAUAGGAACAAGUCAGUUGAGGUGUGCUGAAACCGACGUAUGCUGUAGGCCAGUAAUAAAAAGUGGGCAAAAAGGAAACAUGAUAUGCUCAAAACCUUUAUUGAGAAACUACAUAAUACAAUGUAAGUACAAUUAAGAAGACAUUUUCUUGAAGGCCUUUCGUAUUUCCAGUACUGGUUGAGGUAUGUAUGUAGUGUAUGCUGAUGACUUCCAGCGACCUGGUGAUUUAAUGAUAUGGACUGGAAUGUCCUGACUUGAUGCUGUAGAUGCGGCCCCUAUCCUAAAUGUGUGUCCGGAAUUAUGUCUAGGGUUCACACCUAGCCUUUUUAACAGUAAGCAUAAGUAUGACUUGAAUUUGGUAGUGAGGAUAGCCCCGGUAAGGAGGCGAGAUUUGGUAUGGAGAGAAGGUAGGAAUCAAAGACCUUCACCGGGCACGAGCUAUUAUUUGUGAGGUAAUAUGGUAUGUGGACAGGUUGACCUAGUUGGCUCGUUUUGGUCACAGGUAGAGUAAGUAUGUAAUGAUCUAGGUGUUUUUUAAGGUAGGACACCCGGAAGCAGCUUUGAGCGUUAAUUUGUGCACUGAUGGUGAAUUCCCAUGGCCUCAGGAAGCCGUAAAAAGCCAGAUACAUGGCAGUCUUAAUGACUGAGUUAGUGAGAGGUUUGAACAGGGCUGAAUCUAUUAGAUCAGACAUGGCUUUGAACAACUGUUUGUUGAUGGGUAGCCUUUGUUGUGGUAUACUACCAUUAGCUUUGGAUAUGCCCUUAAGUAUGUUCUUAAUAUGGUAUGAGAAGAGGAAGCUAGAGUUGUUGGGAAAUGUGGAGUACAUGUGAUGCUGGAUGCCUGUCAGGUAUAAUUUUAUUGUGUUGUGUGAUAACUUUUACUUGAGGUGGCAAAAAGUGGUGAAUGCCACCAGGGGUGUUAUCUCAAACAUGUUAUGCAAUUGAUGUUCUGCCAUGAAUUUCCUGUAUAAGAAAAAUGCCCUGUCAUAUGAAGUGCGCGUGUUAGAGGAGAGGGCCAGUGUUGUUAAGGUGUGGCUAUGUUGUAGUAAUUCAACUAGUCCAUGAUUAGUUCCCGAAAAAGGGGGGUUGCUGUCGCCAGAUGUAAAGCAGUGGGUAGGGAUUAUUGGAAAGCCUGAAAUUGAAAGCAAGACAAGCGAUCAGCUGCGGUGUUUAAAACUCCUGGGACAUGGCAGCACACCAAGUAAAACUGAUUGCAGGCUGCUAACCACGUCAGUUUCCUAAUGAAUCUCAUAAUCAUCAAUGAAGACAAGCGGCCUUUGUUAAUAAUGUGGCAAAUUGCCAGAUUGUCUGAAUGGCAUAGAACUGUCUUGCCUGACGACAAAUGGCCCCAAGCCACUACUGCCACCACAAUAGGGUAUACUUCGAAAAGCGCUGAGUUCUUGUGAAACCCUUCUAUCCCUUGUACCUCCACUGGCCAAUUACCCCAGAGUCAUUCAUUGCCAAAGAUGGCUGGUCCAUAUGACCAGGGAGUGUAUGGAAACCUGCAGGAGAAACAUGCUUCUUCCGUUCCAGUUAGAGAGGUAAGUGUACCACAUUCGGAGGUCCGCCGUGGCUUGGGCGUCAAGGGAGAUACGGCUUAGGUCGUCGGGGAAUGUGGGUAGUAGGCCAAGGAGUCUGGAGAUGAAGGUUCUACCCUGCAGUAUGAAACAUCAUAGCAAAGUUCAGGGAGCCUAAUAGUGACUGUAAUUCUUUCUGGUUGCAGGAGCCGGUAAGCAUGUAAUGGUUAAUGUCGUGGCAGAUGCUAGUAACUUUCUCCUGUGGAAGGCUAGCUUCCAUUGCCACCAAAUCCAGGCGUAUUCCUAAGAAAUUAGUAAAGGUGUCAGGACCCACAGUUUUAUUUGGUGAGAGUCGUACCCCCAGUGUAUUGAAUAAUCUGGCUACUUUCCCACAGCUGCUCGAGGGGGAGAAAUUGUUUUCAAUUAAUAAAAAAUCGUCUAGAUAGUGUAUGACGUUAUGGCACCAGCACGUGUUCAGGAGAAGCCAACACAAUGUGCCCACGAAAGUAUCAAAAAUUUUAGGGCUACUCUUGGACCCAAAGCUAAGCCUAGUAAAAAAAUAAUACAAGCCUUUUCAUUUAAUGCAGCUGCCAUAAUUACAGGUGAAUGGGCAAUAACUUAAAGGCGUUGACAAUGUCGGUUUUGCAGAGCCAGGCCCCCCUGCCUGCAGUCAAGAAUAAUAGCGUUAAUAGCAUUGUCAAUUGUAGUGUACUGUAGAGAGAAUUGUUCUGAUGGGAUCAAUGAGUUUAGGCUAGGGAUACCUGAGGAGUGUGGUGCUCAGAGAUCUAUGAUCAGUCUCUGCUUGCCCAUGUUUUUCCCGGAGACAAGGCCAAUGGGAUUAGUUCUCCAGUUGAGAAAAUAGGUUCUGUGAAAGGCCCUAGUAAGAACCCUUGCCCAACCUCUAGUUGUAAUAGUACCUCUACUGCCUCAGUAUCUGCCAAGGCUGACUGAAGAUUGUUACACUCCACUAUCCCGAUGGCAUGUGUAUAAGGCCUGUGUGGAAACCCUGGGAAAAAAACAGUAAUCAAGUACCACAUGCUAGCUAGCAUACCAACAUUAACCGUGGUCAAGUAAUGUUUAUAAUGCAUUUUAUUAGGGCAUAUUGUUUUUGCGUGUGCUCUGAAACAGUGAGAGCACACAUACAACAGGCGGCAGGCACUAUAACCACAUGACCCUUCAUUAAGGUUAUUACAGAUUUGUGACUUCCCAAGGUAUACAAUUGGACGGCCUAGUUUAUCUUUGCCCUGUUUAUCCACCCUUGAGGUGCUUGGGGUUGCCGUACUGGGGGUGACAUCAGGUGAUACGGGACAGAAAUUCGCUUAAUAUGCGGAGGCAGCACAAAUUGCACAAGCUGGGGUCCUCAGCCCAGCGAAGUGUCUUCAAAAAAGCUAUGUGUCUAGUUGGCAACAAUCCGUACUGACGUUGUACUGAGCCAGAGCUGUAGACGCCUUCGCUGAGAAUGACUGAUGGUAAUCAUAAAAGGAUGUACCACCGUAUUUGUUGCUCAGGUCCCCCAGCUUGUGCAUAUAGAGGAACAGCUCUUCCCUUCUAUGUGGGUGAACCGAACACAAAACAUCCCUAUAGAUACUAAACACAAUAACAAAAUCUGGGAUCAACAGUUUCUUGCUGAGUCUAGUGUCACUUGAUUUGAGAACUACCGAGAUAUCCCCAUAUGCAUAAGUGCGAUUCUCGACAUCCUGGGAGUCAAUCAGAAGGGAAACAAGAUUGUCGUCUUUGCCUUCUAGGAUGUCCUUCUUAAGAUUCACCGGUAACAUAUGGACUGGAUUGAUAACAUGUGAUCGGGAAGCUGCAGGCACACUAUUACCCGGUUGUAACUGGGCCGUGUUUGAAAGUAAUUCCAUGAUGGAACCUGCAGCUUUGAUGGGAAGUCUCUCUAGCCUAUCGUUGAUUUGCUCCAUGGAUGAUACCAGUGAGGCGAUCAUUGUGUGGAGGUUGGAGUUGUUAGCGCUGUAAGUGCCCUCCCCUCUGUCCAUAUUGUCCAUGUUGGUACUUUUGAGUCUGAAUAGCUCUGCUUUCCUGGCCGUAGCUGGGAAAGGUAUGCUGCACUUGUGUAGCUUGGCCGUGAUGCGGGGGAUAGUCCAUGACCUGAUGGAUGCUGGGCUACCAGUGUUGCCCUUGCAUAUAGGAGUAGCGGACCUAGUUGGAGUGCUGGGGACUGACAUAUCGUCACCUUCAUCUGGCACCUGAGACAUACUGAAAACAGCAAUAAUACUGCUUAGAACCGGGGACCUUACGGGCAUGCUAGCUAGUGCCACGUGGCAAAACGAUUCACUAAGUGGUGACAGGUGAGCCCUCACUAAAUGCCAAGCAGCUUGAGAGGCUCUAAGUAUUGGCUCGAGGGGUAUGUUGCCACCUAACGCCGUGGUGGGGUUUCGGCCUCUCGUGACCAUAAAGCAUAAGAUAGGAAGGGCGUGACAAGUGAUGCCCUUUUUAUGCAAAAAGCAAGGCGGCUAGCUAUGAUUUGGCCCGUGGGGCGUAUAUCUCUAGCGUAGAGGAUGGGUGAUGGCCUCACGGGCUGGGGCUAUAUGCCCAAACUUCAAAUAUACUCCAUUGACUACAACCCUCUGUUGCCUGUCACUGAGCCACUGCCUUACCCAUUCGACAACAUUGGAAUCCAAACUUAAAGAUUGCAAUUUAUUGAUGAGCCUUCUAUGUGCAACAGUGUCAAAAGCCUUACUGAAAUCUAUGUAAGCAAUGUCUACUGGACCAACCUGGUCUAUUAUUUUAGUUACCCAAUCAAAAGAAUCAAUAAUAUUAUUUUGGCAUGAUCUCCCUGAAGUAAACCCAUGUUGUCUCUGAUCUGGAAAUCCAUGUGUUUUUAGAUGUUCAACAAUCCUAUCCUUAAACAUGGUUUCCAUUAUUUUCCCCACUACUGAAGUAAGGCUUACUGGCCUAUAGUUGCCCGACUCCUCCGUACUAUCUUUCCAAUCUUCUGGGGCUACUCCUGUUAACAAUGAUUGGUUAAAUAAAUCUGUUAAUGGUUUUGCUAGUACACAACUAAGCUCUUUUAAUAACUUUGGGUGUAUUCCAUCAGGUCCCAUUGACUUAUUUGUCUUUGCUUUUGACAGUUGAAAUAGAACCUCUUCCUCUGUAAACUCACAUGUAAUAAAUGACUAAUUUGUCCUUUUUCCUAGCUGAGGUGCCUUUCCAAAAAUAUUCAUUGAGGCAGUCAGCUAGACCUUUAUCCAUUUCUACAUACCUUCCUUCUUUUGUUUUUAAUCUAACUAAUGCUUGUUUUACUUUCCUUUUCUCAUUUAUGUAUCUAAAAAAUGUUUUAUCCCCUUUUUUUUAAUGACUGUGCUAUUUUCUUUUCUGUGUGUGAUUUGGAAGCUCUUAUAACUUGAUUAGCCUCUUUCUGCCUAAUGCAAUUUUCUGUUGCCUUCAGCAGUGCAACUUUUAAAUUAUCCCAUUUCUCUUGGACUCCAUUUAAAUUGCUCCAGUCUGAUAAUGACUCCUUUACACAUAUUCUAAUUUUAGAAAAGAAGAAAGAGAAAGACUAAAGGGUCAAUCAAAUGUUGGCUCAGUAGUCAAAGGGUGGACUAUAUGGGUAAGUAACCCCAUAUGUAGUUCAAAAAGAGAAGAAAGAGAGACAAAUACUGAGUUGCUCUGCGAUAUGAAAGAAGACCCCAGACUUACUCUUGGUGCCCAAAACCACCGCACAGACGCAGGUCUUACCCAAAUACAAUAUACAGCUCAAAAAUUGGGCAGAUAACUAAGAGAAAAAUCAAGUGAACUUAGCCUUUAUUACGUCAUACGACAUUAAAAUAAAUUGUGAGGGGCGGAGCCUGACCGCCAAGCAGAAUGGACGUGGGGCACCUCGGCUCCUCUAUGAAACUAGCACAAACAGGCAAAGAUUACCUUUUUUUCCCGAGAUUGGCGAUUAGUGGCCACAUUCAGGUGAAGAGGACACAAGAAAUCACCCACGGUGUCAAUAUCAGCCCCCGUCCUACCGGCGGAGCUGACUGCGGGGCGGCUGGGAUUGAGGCCUGUCGUGAGGCUCUGGCGGGAGAAACGGCCGAUCUCCCGUGCUUAGUCCGGCGGGACAUCUCACAUGCCUACUGAGGGUUAUCCCGGACCACUUUUACUAUCUUUUACUAUUCAUUAAACAAGGACCGCAUGGCACAAUUCAAAAUGGCCGCCGCGCCCAUUACAAGCCGGAGAACUCCCUGUGUUACAGACGGACCAAGGGGGACUUUACCUGGACUCUCACGCUGCUCACACAGAGAGGAGCAGCGUUCACAGCACACAGGCUCCAUCUUGUACCCAAGGCUGACGCUGGCAGAAGCAUAAUAGUGAACACUCCCACGGCCAGCAAGUACCGAAGCACUCUAGCAACCAGCGGGAAACACAAGCGACCUGGAGAUGGGCAAGACGCCAGCCAACCCAGCGCAGCUGCAGAAAUAACUAAGCGGCUACUAGCCAUGUAGAAUGGAAAUCCUGCAGAGCACUGUAUAUACUUAAGUUUAGCAUUGUCUUUUUAAUAUCAUUUAUGCUUUUAAUACAGUUGAAUUUAUCACUGCAGGGAAAUCAUUUACAACUGUCUAAGCCUGAAAAUAUGCAUUAUCCGGCAAGCUCAGUGACUCGCUGCCCCUGGUGGUUAAAUUAAAGCAGGGUGGAGAAAUUUACACCUAACGUUGUUUAACAUAGCCUGUAACUUACUAAUCAUGUGAUUGUAUAGUAACUACUUAACUAAGCAUGUAUAGCUCAGCUAUAAAAGUUUUGUCCACAUGUACCAAGCCUAGACCAAACCUGUUAUAUCUAACUAAGAAACUUAAAUGUGAAUCUUUGGCGCAUCUAUUACGUUUAAUCCAUGUUAUCAAACAUGCCAUUAGUCAGUGGUGUACAUACCAGGGUCGCAGGGGUCGCGGCUGCGACCGGGCCCGGCCCACCAGGGGGCCCGGCCGCCCCUGCGACCCGGUAUGUACCCACAGGGCUAGCCUCUUCCCCUGGGGGGCCCAGGAGCCGAACACCCCAUGGCCCCCCGAGGCUGGCCCUGCUGACACCCGGAAGGCGGGUGGCCGGUCCGGCAGGCGGGCGCGCGAGGGAGCACUCAGUGCUUCCUCUUCAGCUCCCUCGUGCACCGCACUGAUACCGGCGCCGGAAGAUGACGUCAUCUUCCAGCGCCGGCAUCCCUACGCGGCGCGCAAGGGAGCUGAAGAGGAAGCACUGAGUGCUCCCUUGCGCGCCCGCCUGCCGGAGGGCCACCCGCCUUCCGGGUGUCAGCAGGGCCACUGGACCCCAGGGAAUCCCCCCAGCACUCCAAAAGGUAAGGAGGCUGGGGGGAUUAAAAUAAAAAAAAAUUAAAAAAAAAUACAUGAGUGAGUGUGAGUGUUAGUGUGAGAGUGUUAGUGUGUUAGAGUGUUAGUGUGUGUGUGUUUGAGUGAGUGUUAGUGUGAGAGUGUGUGUCUGCUAGUUAGUGUGUGUGUAUUAGAGUGAGUGUGAGUGUUAGAGUGAGUGUUAGUGUGUGUCUGCUAGUGAGUGUCAGUGAGUGUGUUACUGUGUGUGUCUUACUGAGUGUGUGUGUGUGUGUUAGUGAGUCUGUUUGAUGUCUGUUAGUGAGUUUGUGUUUGUCAAUGAGAGUGUAUGUUUUGUAAGUGAGUGUGUAUGUAUGUCUGUCGCUGACUGUGUCUCUGUCAGUAAAUGUGUGUGUCUGUUAGCUAGUGUGUAAGCGUCUGUAAGUGAGAGUGUGUGUGUCUUCAGCACUUACCUUUCUCCAGCGCCGGACUCCCUUGGCGCUGGGGAUCCCUCAGCCUCUCAGCUCCGAAUGCGACCGCGCACGCAUUCAAACCGCCCAUAGGAAAGCAUUACUCAAUGCUUUCCUAUGGACAUUCAGUGUGCUCCUCUAGCGGCUGUCAGUGAGACAGCCACUAGAGGCUGGAUUAACCCUCAGUGAAACAUAGCAGUUUCUCUGAAAAACUAGAGGGACCUGACACCCAGACAACUUAAUUGAGCUGAUGUGAUCUGGGUGUCUGCAGUGGUCCUUUAAGUGUGUGUGCAUCUGCAUGCACUGGCGUACAUACCGCGGUCGCAGGGGUCGCAGCCCUGUAACCCCUGCGACCAGGUGCCCACCGCCAUGUGUUGCGGCCCGGCCCGCGCGGGGGGGGGGCCACGGAUCAAUUUUCGCACCGGGGCCCCAUGGGUCAUGUGUACGCCACUGCCAUUAGUUUAAAGGCAAAGUUUUUGUUCCUUGUUCCUGUACUCACUAAUAACACAAAUCACUACUGCCGAUAUAUUUAAUGUUUUAGCAAACUAUGAAUGCGAUGACAUAGCCUAGCUCAUUACUAAACACUUUGUGACCUCAUUGCCUAAUUAAAAACAAAAUUGUGCAAAGCCGAAUGUAAACCCCACUGUAACUAAUGGAUGAUGUGCAUGAGGAUUGCCUUUGGGGUACCCCAUGCAAUGUUUGUUAUCCCGUAUGCACUGCAAAAAUAAAAAAUUUUAAAAAAAUAAAUAAAAAAGAAAUUGUGUAAAAAAACUAAAGUUGAAGAAAAAAUCGUGCAAAGUAUAUUCGUGGUUAAAAAGGGGGAUCUAAUGGAGUUUACUAGCAAUGAUCCAAGAAAGGACUAGUAGGAAGGUAGAUACUACCAGUAUAGAUCAGUGUGCACCUAUGGGGGCAAUACCUUGACACAUAGAUAUAUGUCUUGUUCCCAAAUAGAGGUGCAUCAUAUAUGGCUCUAUUUGGGAACAAGACAUAAGGUAGGAAAUGGCUGACUUGUACAAGGGAACCGAGGUGAACUUAUUGGCCCCCCUUCCAUGGGUUCCUCAGGACCCUGGAGCCAGGGACCCUGUCUUAGGUCCUAGAGCUCAGAGGCUCUAUACUGCCCAACCUGGCCACGGUGGUCAUGUGACUGAGCCCCCUCCUUCCUACCAGUAUGUGGAAACUGUAUAACGGUAUCAAUGCCGGUGCAGCCGGGAGAACCGUGUUCUCAAGAGUGCUAGCUUUCUGUUUGGCCUGACCACGAGACGGCCCAAGCGACGUCACCGGGGGGUGCCGCCAUUUACCUGCAGCAGCCGCGAACGUAGGGACAGCAUGCUGGGCGAGGAGUUUGAGCAGCCGACCGGUUAUUUCCACCACGGUUACCAGGAUACUAGGGAAAUCGUGGCAGAUCGUCGGCCAAUCCUGGUAAGUUAGGAAAGGGGGGGGUGCCUUUUAAACCUCCAUACGCCCCUCCCACAACUUCAGGCCAAGCCUUCCAAUAUAUAAUAAUUUAACACCAACAUCCAUUCCUUUAGCUUAGACAUUGAUAAUGCCAAGGAAGUGAGCAUGAGGUAAGUUGCACACGGUGGUAGACCAUGUUAAGGAAGAGUAUAGUAAGUACAAAUGUCGCUGUAAUUCAUAUUGAGUUCUAAGAAUUUAGAGAAAGCCAAAGUAUAUUCCUUGUUUUCUGGGCACAGAGCUCUACAGCAAUCUAUUAAAUGGAUAUCAGAAAAAGCAGUGUGUGCAAAGACUCACUUGGCUUGAGUUAAGUGCUCAGGACUGUCACCAUUGAUGUCUUGAAUAGCAAUUUGUGAGAAGAUAUGUACUAUAACUUGAUCCACUGGAGAAGUAGAUAAGUUGACAGAAGACAAAACUGCUGUAGAAAUAAUUAUUAGUAUUUCAAUAUUGCUUAUGAUUUAAUACAAUUUAGCAUAAGACUCUACAUAACCAAAACCAAACUGCAUAUUUUAUGAAUGCAUUUACAUGAUUUUUAUUACAAAGCCCCAAUAUGUUCUUUAUAAUGGGCAAAUGGAAUGUAAAAAAGCUCUAAAUGUUAGUAAUUUUGAAUUUUUGAAAAAUGCAUGAUUGAAAUGAUAUAUAAAGUUUAAAAUUGUAUUUAAAGGGGCACACUAAGUGCUAAACUUAAUACAGCAUCAAGGUAUGAUCCAGCAUUAUAAAUUUGAAGGCACUAAUAAACCUCUAACAUUAGAAACACAUAGAAGUAUAAUGUUACAGAUUUAUUUAUAUAACAUUAGAGUUUUCCUUUAAAAUACUAAACAAGUGUUUGGAUAAGUGCAAUAGUGAAUAUCAAGUGCUGAAAUAAAGUGCAGCCAAACAAACAGGAUUACCUCCUUAAAUCCAGAAAAUAAUAUCAAAAAGUGUCCUGGCGCAAUACACGUGCAAAACAAUGGUAUGGUGUAAUGUAUACCCAAAUAUACUCAAUACCUUAGAAUGUAAUAUAGUCUCACAAAAAGCAUGAAAAAGAGAGAGAGAGAGAGAGAGAGAGAGAGAGAGAGAGAGAGAGAGAGAGAGGGGGAUAGGUGGCAAUAUCAAUACUUGUAAUUAUUGUUAUGUGGCUGCUGAAACUUCCCAAAAACCAGAGUCUCUUCUUUUCUGGUGGUCCGAUGGGUGUAAAUAGUAGGAUCAGGAGCAGCGCCUGUGAUGGAAUUCCCACAAUCAGAGCGAUAUGGAGGAGGGAAGGAAAAAGACACAGAUAUAGAGUAGUAUGUUAUGAUCUUAAGUGAUAGUAAAUGAAGGGAAAGGAAUUGCACUUACAAUUUUCUGGAGCUUAUACUCAACUCCAGAUAUGUGCGCCUGGACAGUAUAAUCCCCGUCUAUGGAUAUGUAGAUAGUCCUUGGAUGUCUUUAAAAGGAGGUUUCCAGAGGUAGUAAGGUAUAUCUACUUUCCAAUAGCAGUGGGCCAGUAUUCAAAUAGUUGGUGAUAUAUAAAAAAGAGGAUAGAAACACAAAAUAGUACUCUCUGAAUGAUACAGAAUAAAAUGAUAAAAGAUGGAGGUAUACUCACAAGUGAAGAGCAAAUGGGAUAUUGCUCAAUAUAUGUAGGCGUAGGUGGUAUGAUCCCCACCAAGGAUAUCACUCCUUGAGUCCUCCAGUGGGGGUGUUGGAGAGAGUUGAAAGGAAUUAUAUAUAUAAAAAAAAUAAAAAUAGAAUAAAAUGGAAUAAAAGGAUAGGCUUGGAGGCUCCAAUAGCAUAAAUGGGCUAUCUUUAUUGGAGACAAAAAAAUGUUACAUAAAACAGCUUUAGAAACACAAACGCGUUUCUCCUGCAAAGAGGCUUUAUCAAAGUGUUACAGCAUUAGAGGCCUAUCCUGUUUAAAUAGCAGAUACAAUUGAUUACAUCAUUACAAUUAGUGACAUCAUCAAUCAUGUGAUACAAAAAACAUAUUAAAACGUAUUAAAACAAACAAUAAUACAGUGCAGGUGGGAGGGGGACAUAAAAUAGGUAUAAAUUAUCAAAUGGAUAAACAUAAAUCUUAAAAUUGGGGAAGAUAAAAUAAGAGGAUGUGGUAGUUUUAAGUAGGGCACCAAGAAUGCUGCCAAAUUAUGUUAAUUUGUCAGCCAUCUUGGUGCCUUUUUUUCACUCAAAAAUGUUCGUUUUCAGCAGGGAGACAUCUCUUCCAUUUCCCCAUCCCCUAUAUUAGGGAUUUAGGUACUCCAUCCACACUUUUCAUAUAGAUAUAACUAAGCGACAGCCAUGUUGGUGUCCCCAAUUAAUAGAAUUUGGCAGCCAUCUUGGUGCCCUUUUUAAAACUGCCACAUCCUCUUAUUUUAUCUUCCACAAUUUUAAGAUUUAUGUUUAUCCAUUUGAUAAUUUAUACCUAUUUUAUGUCCCCCACCCACCUGCACUGUAUUAUUGUUUGUUUUAAUAUUUUUUUUGUAUCACAUGAUUGAUGAUGUCAAUAAUUGUAAUGAUGUAAUCAGUUGUAUCUGCUAUUUAAACAGGAUAGGCCUCUAAUGCUGUAACACUUUGAUAAAGCCUCUUUGCAGGAGAAACGCGUUAGUGUUUCUAAAGCUGUUUUAUGUUAAAAAAUUUUGUUUCUGUCCUCUUUUUUUUAUAUAUCUCCAACUUUUCGAAUACCGGCCCACUGCUAUUGGAAAGGAGAUAUACCUUACUACCUCUGGAGACCCCCUUUUGAGGACAUCCAAGGACCAUCUACAUAUCCAUAGACGGGGAUUAUACCGUCCAGGCGCACAUAUCUGGAGCUGAGUAUAAGCUCCAGAAAAUUGUAAGUGCAAUUCCUUUCCCUUCAUUUACUAUCACUUAAGAUCAUAACAUACUACACUAUAUCCAUGUCUUUUUCCUUCCGUCCUCCAUAUCGCUCUGAGCGUGGGAAAUCCAUCACAGGCGCUGCUCCCUGAUCCUACUAUUUACAUAUAUAUAUAUAUGUAAAUAGUGGGAUCAGGGAGAACUUACUACUUUACAUUGUAGCAGAGUGUCAUUUCUUCAGUGUUGUCACAUGAAAAGAUAUAAUAAAAUAUUUACAAAAAUGUGAGGGGUGUAUAUAUAUAUACACAAACACAAACAUUGUAUACUGUUUAAUGACAGAGAUAUUCUAUAGGGCAUUAGUUUUUAGGUUUUUUUUUUUCCAAGAGUUAUGGAGACAGUAAUAAUCUCUAGGUUGUUAUGCAGCAGUAAAACAAGCUAACUUUCCAAGAACAAGAUGUGUCAAUGACUGUUUAUGAAAUACAAGAUUUUUAAUAAAAAUAUGCCAAUUUCUGUACUAUAUAUUCAAACCAUUACUGGAGUAUCAGAAAUUGCUCAAUCUUUCUAUUUUAAUAUUGCAGGCUUUAAACAGCUAUAAUGAUGGAGACAUAGAAGGAUCUAGGAGACUGGGACGAAAUGCACUGUAUGUUGCAAUUGCAUCAAUCAUCAUUGGUCUUCUGGUUAUCGCAACGUAUUGUGUGGUCCAUUUCACAACGGUAUAUCACUUUUUUUUUUUUUUACAAAAACAACUAAAUGAUGGGAUGUGAGAGCUGGGUGGCUUAUCAUGUGUUAUUUACACAUAACAUUCUCAGCCCCUACAUCUACUGCCAACACAACCAAGUAACACUGCAUACAGCUAGCAGAAAAUUCUAAGUAAUGUAGUCUCUUGCACUUUGUUCUUGUCAUGACACCUGUCGACUCCUGCCUGUCCUUGACCCUUGCUAGAAUUUUGAAUAUUCCCUCGUCUGUUUUUGCAUUUAUUCAAACCACCCUAAAGACCACUAAUACUCCCUCUAUUGUCUGGUAUAGUAGGUUUGGUGUUGAUUGCCUUCCUCACCAAGACAGUUCAUGACAAAAUAUUUGCACAUUCUUUCUUCCUAAAUCCAACACUGUACUCCAGACAUAGACCCUUGCUCAUUGUGCCUAGAAGAAUAUCAGGUGACAAAGCUGAAACAACCAUCUGAUGUUGCUGUAUUUUCAUGCAGAUGUGCAAAUAGUAUAGGUUCCUUCUGUUUAUGCAUUUAUUUAGAAAAAGGUUUUCCUGGAAAAUGCAUAAAAAUCACUCUUUUUCUCAAAUAUAUUUGCAAUGCACAAACAAUACAGUGAUUAGCAGAGAUACAUAUUUAAAACAUAUGAUAUGAGUAAAGGUGUGAAGACUGCCAGGAGUUACAUGGUUUGAUUCCACAAAUAAGUGGAAGUUCUUUUUGGAGUUGUCAAACUGGUAGAAGCUCUCAUCUUUUUAGAAGGUUAUUCCACAGUUGCAGAGUUCAGUAAGAAAAGGCUGCUGAACCUGCAUCUUUGUUAUAUUAAAUUGACAGUAAAGUGCAAGAAAUAAACCAGAGAUAAGAAGAAUUUGAUGAAUGGGGUGUGCCAAGAUAGAAUAAACAUACUGAUCAAGUAGGGAGGCAGUGAAUUAUGAAGAAGGAAUACAUGGUGCAUCUGGCUUUGAGUGAUGGCCAGUUGACUUGUUUGAAUUAAUCAAAAUGAUUUGUAUUCUAAUCACACUGCAAAUAGUCACAAUGCGGAUAUGUCCUACAGAAUAUUUUUAUUUGUGAUCCAGAUGCAUAUAAUAUAAUUACAUGAUCCUCAUUAUAGUAGCACAAGAGAGCUAAAAUGUCUUCAAGACCUCCUGAGUGGGAACUAGUCAUAUGUCAUUAAUUCUAAGUACAAGUGUCUAUUUUUGUCUUAUUUGCACCUCACUAGAUUCUCCCUAAGUCUAUCAUGUAAUCCAGGUGUGCACAAGCACACUUCACUAAUGAGGCCUAUAAAAUCCUUUUUUCCUGGGGUUGCUGUACUUCUCGCAGAGGAAACCUGUCUACAAUUGUGGUUCUUUUGAUGGAAUAUGUAAUCCCAUAUGUUAUAUGUUCCCUUGGUAAUUACCUAGGUGAGAUAAAAUCUGUAUCAAUGGCAAAUGAUUUAGGUAAACUAGAAAAAUGGUCAGAGUUGUGGCAACUGACAUUUAAUGUGGAUAAGUGCACGAUAAUGCAUCUUGGACGUAAAACCCAAGUGCAGAGUACAGAAUAUUUGAUAGAGCCCUAACCUCAACAUCUGAGGAAUGGGAUUUAGGGGUGAUUAUUUCUGAUGACUUAAAGGUAGGCAGACAAUGCAAUAGAGCAGCAGGAAAUGCUAGCAGAAUGCUUGGUUGUAUAGGGAGAGGUAUUAGCAGUAGAAAGAGGGAAGUGCUCAUGCCACUGUACAGAACACUUGUGAGACCUCACUUGGAGUAUUGUACACAGUACUGGAGACCGUAUCUUCAGAAGGAUAUUGAUACCUUAGAGAGGGUUCAGAGAAGGGCUACUAAACUGGUUCAUGGAUUGCAGGAUAAAACUUACCAGGAAAGGUUAAAGGAUCUUAACAUGUAUAGCUUGGAGGAAAGACGAGACAGGGGGGAUUUGAUAGAAACAUUUAAAUACAUAAAGGAAAUCUACACAGUAAAGGAGGAGACUAUAUUUAAAAGAAGAAAAACUACCACAACAAGAGGACAUAGUCUUAAAUUAGAGGGGCAAAGGUUUAAAAAUAAUAUCAGGAAGUAUUACUUUACUGAGAGGGUAGUGGAUGCAUGGAGUAGCCUUCCAGCUGAAGUGGUAGAGGUAACACAGUGAAGGAGUUUAAGAAUGAGUGGGAUAGGCAUAAGGCUAUCCUAGCUAUAAGUUAAGGCCAGGGACUAAUGAAAGUAUUUAGAAAAUUGGGCAGACUAGAUGGGCCGAAUGGUUCUUAUCUGCUGUCACAUUCUAUGUUUCUAUGUUUCAAUGCUGAAUGGGAGCUAACAACAGUGAACACUUUUAGGUUUUUAUCUAUUGCAGUUACGGUAUAUCUUUAAAUUAGUUGAUUUUCACAACUACACCUCUAAAUGGUCCUUCACCCUCAUUGACCUUCAUACGUAAAGGACCACUAUAGUGCCAGGAAAACAAACUCGUUUUCCUGGCUCUAUAGGGUCUUUGGGUCCCCCCACCCUCUGGGUCCCCCUCCCGCCGUGCUGAAGGGGGAGGAAGGGGUUAAAAUAUUCUCUGAAACUGCUAUGUUUACAGCUGCAGGGUUAACCCUAGAUGGACCUGGCACCCAGACCACUUCAUUAAGCUGAAGUGGUCUGGGUGCCUAUAGUGGUCCUUUAACCUUUUAAAACCCCACCUACCCUGGUAUGACUUAAACUUGAUUGCACUACACCAAUCUCAACAAUAAAUGUACCUUCUCUACAAGAUUCUCAUGAAGAUUUGGUGAUCCACUGUUUCUAUCAACAAGCAGGUUGCAGCGAUGUUCCAAAAUGCAGACAUUAAACACAGCCUGUUGGCCUGCCCCGGGUUAUAACAUUUCUAGGAACAGGUUCACUUAUUUACAGACACAGUUUGAGGGCUCAAGUUCAGCCUAGUCUAAGUGUAGACAGUAUUUGGCAUAUUUGAGUAAGCAGAGCGGAAGAAGCCUUUAAAUAAAGUUCAGAACAUCAAAACUAUCCAAUGGACCUUCAACACCGAUCCACACUAUAUACUAUAAUUUACACGUGGCUAAUUUCAAUAAAGGCUAAAUUUUAUAAACACGUCUCUUUUCAGCCGAUGUAACUAUGUAACUAUUCGGAAACACUUGCACUUUCAUUUCCAACAUAUCCUAUCACUUAUCACCAAUACAUAAAGAUUUUACUGCAUUACAUAUAUUAUGAUUGAUUUUACUUAUUUUAUUGGCUGUUAAGAUAUGUCACUUGCUCUGUUGUCUCAUUAAAAAAAACUAAAAACUGCAAUUGGAGAGCACAUAACUUGUUAAUUUCGAGCAAUGAAGUCAUAACUCUUUGUACUGAAUUAUAGCAAUCUCCAAUAACAAUUUUAUACAAAAAAAUGCAAAUGUAUUUCACUUAUAUUACAUGUUGUAUGCCAGGUGAAUAUCAAUGAAUAUCUAUCACAUGGUUAUGGAUGCUUAGUGAUUUUCAUUAGAUGACUUUAAUCAUUCAUUCAUUAUUAAAGUCACUAUUGCCAUCUUUAUCGGUAUUGUAUAUGUGUGCUGUGUCAGGAAUACAAUAUAACACAAAAAUGUCAUCCAACAACAGCUGUACACUUCACUGGAACCUCACUUUCUAUAGAAUAUUUUACAUUUCACAACAAUCAGUUAGAUAGAAGAUGUACAGGUUCCAGGUAUAACUUGGUGGGCGAGCAGCUGGAUGCAACUUUUAUCCAGGACCCACCUAGUGUGUCCAUGUGCUCCUCCGUGAAUAUUCUAUUCUGUAGUUGCUAAAAGGAAGAAGGAAACCUCUCUUUUAUUGCUACAAGGGUGAAUAGGGCAGAUCCAUCACUAUGCGCAAAAAGACUACUCUUUGGGUCUCUAAACAAACGAACUAAUAAAAGAGCCCCGGAAUGUUACUUACUGGGAUUUUAUUUAUUAGGCUAACUUAUCCCCCUUUAUUUGGUAUAAUGGAACAGUAUAGCAUUAGGAAAACAAAUGUGUGUUCCCAAAACUUUAGUGCCUUGUUAAAAGUUUAGGUCCUGACCCACACUUCAGAACCCCAUUUUAAUGAAGUUAAAAAGAAGUAUAUUUUACCUUUUCUCCCUCUCACCACAGGUUGAUGAUCUCAGCCAUUUCAAUGGUUUUCCAAAGGAAAGCAUCAGACGAGUGCACAUUUGUGGCAAAACGCCACGCUGCUCCAAUCAGAUGGUUUCUGUGAGACUGUCUGGUUACAUUAAGCUCCUGUUACAUUUUGUUUUAUAUUGCAAACCAAUGGAAAACUAAAUAUUGCCCACAUGCUCCAACAUCUUUUCCCUAUUGAUCCAGUGUUCUUCUUUGCCUUAUAUAAAAUCCCAUUUAUCUUCAGUCUGGUUCUACAUCAAUGCAGUGGUAAUGUUAAUAGCACCCCCUUCUUUCUUGUACACUCAACAGCUACUUUUGAAGUUCAAUUGACAAGGCUGUUCUAAAUGAGUGAAGAGGAUGAAGGCACAUUGAAUAUACUACAGGAAUUAUGCUCAAGUUACAAGAAAAGCUGUUCCUUGCCCAUAAUCCAAUUUUAUUUUUAUUUAUUUUUUAUUUUAUUCUUGUGACCAUAUGAGAAAGUUACAUUUCCAAAAAUGCCAUCUGAUCAUUAUAAUUAUUAUAAUUAUCAAUUAGGAGGAUUAAUAUUUUUAUUCAGCAAUUUUCGUCACACCACUGCAUGUGUUUAAUGGUAUUUGUGCAAUAAUAUUUCACCGAGGAAUGUCUCAUAAUCUCUAGAAUGUUUUACCUCUACAAUAUCUCUGUAAAGAAGGAACUCAUAAAAAAAUUCAAACAUUUACAUCAUUUUAUCCUUCUGUUUAUUUUAUUUAUACACUAAAUUACUGUUUUAAACAACAUCUACGAUGCGGUUCUGCAUCCCAUGCUAUAAGUACAAUGUUAAUAAUACAAAUUAAAUUAGUUGGACAGUGGUAUAUUUGUUCUAAUUUGUGUCAUUUAUGUUGUUUUUCAUUUUCAGCAUACAGUUUGACCAUUAGAAAAUUAUAUGAAGACAAUAUUUAAAUCAGACUCUUCAUCUCUUCAAAUAGGAAGAGGCGAGCUAUACUAAACAUGAGAGAUGCCGAUGGAUUCUCUACAUCCGCAUGUGUAUAUGUGCGUACGCAGGCGUAUAUUUGGUCUGCACAAUAUGUUUAUGUCUGGUCGGGUACAUUAUCCAAAAAUUAAAAAAAAUAUUAUAUUGCUGGAGAUAUUUAGCCUGAAAUGUUUACAUCAAAUUGAUUAUUACAAGAAAUUAUUCAUCUUCUUCAAACUGAUUGUUACAAGAAAUUGUUAUUUGUCAAACAAACAUGCUUUUUUAGCCAGCUUGACGUUCUCGUAUUUGUAAUGGAAUAUAGAAUAUGAGACAUUAAAAUAUCUUCAAAUUUCCUGUAUGGAAACGCAACUCUACAGCGACAAUAAAAAUGUCAAGUUGUUCCAGAACUGCAGAUUUCUCAUAUCUCCUCCAGGAGCAGGAAUUCAUUUCAAUUCAAGGCUACAUAGCAGUAUAUCCUGUCGUACAAUAAUAUUGAAGCAAUAGUAGCCUGCAACAAGUCCCUUAUUAAUGUUCACAUAGUACCUCACAAUGACACCAGCGGGAAUGUGCAGUUUAGUUGUGAAGACCCACAUCCUCAUUUCGUGUUCUGUUUUGGGGGGAUACUAGUGAAAAUAGAUGGAUGGUUUAUGCAUGAAUGGUAAUAAUAUAUGCACGCAUAUGUUACACACUGCAUACAUGCAGAGGUGGUUGGCAAACCGGCUGCUAAAAGCAUCCAUGCCCAUGUUGUUGGUGGAUACGUGUUGAACUUUUAAUUGUUAAUAAAUCAAGUUUUGUAAAUUAAAAAAGUAUUCAUAACUUUGAAGUAAAAAAAAAAAAAGUUGAUUUUUUUUUUCUUGUUGUUACUGGUUUUAUGGCUUAUUGACCUUUGGUAGCCUCAAACAAUUCCAGAAGGAACAAAAUCAUUGUUUAGGCUGAAGCUAGCUGCAUGUCCUAUUGCUAUUCUAAGGACAGAAGGCAGCCUAUGCCGUCAUCAGAACCCAAACCUACUGUUUGGAACUCAGUGUCUUCUUAAUUACCACUUAUAGAUCCCUGCACAUUCAUCAAUAGUAAAUAAGUAGAGCACUCUUUAAAGUAGCUCGAUAAUCUCUUGUAGGCCUGCCAAUGUUAUGCUUUGAUCAUUCGUAAAUCUGUUUUGCAGUUUUUUUAUGUUUGUUUCGAUAAAAAUAAAAAAGCCAAAUUUGCUUCUCAUCAGGCAUGUUGGGCAUACAGCACCAUCAAGUUAUUUAAUAUGUUACUUAUUGUCAGUGAGGAUUUUAAAAUGUUAUUGCAAUUCUAAAAUGGCCACCUACACACUGUACACUGUAAGAUCGUCAAACGAUAAUUACAGCUAAAAUUACUAAAGUUAUGUUAGAUGACAUUAAUAUAAUGUAUUUGUAAUAUUGUUUGAAACUGAUUCAUAAAAAGUUUUAUUUAGUGAUAGUGCCACUUUAAAACUUUAAUUAAGAAUUAAGAUUAUAGCAUGGAACAUGAGCCCCCCAAUAUCAAAAAAUGUUCAACAUUGAAAAAAUGAUGGAUACAAAAUACAGAUUGAAAAAUCAAUCAAAUAUAACAAUAAAUCUACUUCAAAGAAACAGAAAAAAAUAGCUCAUUAACUAUAUGCCUGUAUAAUGUUCUUUGUACAUGGGGUCAACAGAAUAUUGUAUUUAUAUUGUAUUUAUUUUCAUAAAUAUGUUGUAUUAUACUAAGACUGUUCAAUUUAUAGAUUUUCUUAACUUUGUACUUCAGAAAAAUAAAUGUACGCUUGUUCUUUAUUCUGUUUUUGCAUUACUUUUGAGAUCAAGCAGUGCUUUAAAUGUCCCACUUGUCAACCUUUCUAUUUUGGUGAAACAAAUAUGUGAGUCAUAUAUCCUUUUUUUUUUUUAAAAAACCAAUGAAAGACACUACAAAAUGGAUUUUAAUGGUGGGAACAAACGAGAAAUAUACGUGAAAUCUCGGAAAUAAUUCAAACAAUGAAACAAUCGGCUACCUGACAAACAAUUUAAUGAGAGACCUGCUUAUAUAACCAUGGGAAAAGCACUCAAGAUGACAGCUUUUAACAGCAGAUAGACACAGUAGACUUCCAAAUCACACAUAAAUGUUUUCAUCUUUACACACCACCAUGCCGGUUUAUUAAUGAGCUUGAUAGCGUAUAGAAAAGACAGUUUCUCUGUUACUGGAAAAAAAAUUAUUAAACAAGUAAAAUUAAUCAUAAAGGCUUAGUAACUUAAAAUUGAAUUACUGACUAAAAAGUGGGUGGCACAAGACUGAAUUUGCAAAAUUAUUUAAAAAUCAGGCAAAUUGGAAAAUUCUCCAACACCGAAUUUGAUUAUUGAGACAACAUUUUCAUAUUUUCACCACAGUUCACAACACAUCACAUUGCCACAAACAGGAAUGAAAUCCCACAUUCAGAACUUAGUCAGUAAGACAGAGAAGAAAAGAUAGCAGGAUGUACCAGUCCCUAGAGUGGUUAGGCUAAGAAUAAAUGGAAUUCCAACUCGGUUUAAGGGGUACUAGAGGCCAAAAUCACCAAUAACUAGCCAAAAUUAGUAACAGGUAACUAAAGGUUAUGGACAAUAGUAAGGCCCAACUGGCCAUUUAUAGUGAUUGGCAAGUGUCAGAUAUAGCCAUCAUUCUGUUGGACUGAAUGACAGUCGUUGCAUGGGCAGAGGUUCCAAUCAGCACUUGGUGUGGCAGGUAGUUGUCAUUGGCCUUCCUUUAUGAAGCAAACUCUUCAGGAGUCACCAGUGUUGGAGAGGCUGCAUGCUGUACAUGACUGAGAAUUCACGAGGUGAGUUAUCCAGACAGCAGUGACACAAAUAAUUUUCUUUGUGACAUAUUAACUAAAAAACUAAACUCACAUUCUAGCACACGCACCUAGGUGAUGCAAAAGCAAGGAUAAAACAUAUUCUAUUUUGCCUUUAAAUUCCUCCACAGCCAUAUAGCGAUAUGUUUAUAUUUACAAGUGGGCUAAAUUUUAUUUCAGUGUUAACUCAUUUAAACUACAUGAGAUACAUGAUAAAAAGUUAAAUACACUUCAUUCACCCUUAGUAAACUGAGAGCAGAAUUGAACAGAACGGAAGUGAAAAAAAUAGUAAAAUUUUAAAAACUACUAAACUUUUGCAUUUAACAUCUUCAUCCUUUAACUUUCAAGAUAAUUCACUGUUUAAUGACUACACUCCCCCAAGGUAUGCAGGUAGCAAGCAUUUUUGUGUUACCUCAAGAAACGUGUGCAGUGAUUAUAUGUCUUUAAAUAUACAUUCUAAUGUUGCAUUGGUUGAAAUUAGCACAUUUAUUCACUAAAAUUUAAAUUGCCAGCAGUUCAAAGUGAAUGUAAAAUGAUUGAAAAAAAUAAUAAAUACUUUUUUUUUUAAUUUAAAAA